AUCUCCACCCCUCGUCAGCUCGCCUCUCGUUCCUUUCUGCACCGCCGGCUGUGCCCACAACACCGCACUUGUCGCUCUCAGACCUUUUCUUUCAGCCGCGCACGUCCGCGCUUCCGCCACCAUGUCGCGCAGCAGCUACGACCGGUACCUCACCGUCUUCUCGCCCGACGGCCGCCUCUACCAGGUCGAGUACGCGUUCAAGGCCAUCGCCUCGGCCGGCCUCACGUCCAUUGCCAUCCGCGGCAAGGACUGCGCCGUGGUGUGCACGCAGAAGAAGAUCCCUGACAAGCUGCUCGACCCCUCGAGCGUCACGCACAUCUUCAAGCUCACGCAGGAGAUCGGCUGCAUCGUCACCGGCCGCAUCGCCGAUGCUCGCUCGCAGGUGCAGCGCGCCCGCGCCGAGGCGGCCGAGUUCAAGUACAAGUACGGCUACGACAUCACGCCGGACCUGCUCUCGAAGCGCAUGGCCAACAUCAACCAGGUGUACACGCAGCGCGCCGCCAUGCGGCCGCUCGGCAUCAGCAUGAUGAUCGUCGGCCUCGACACCAAGGGCCCGCAGGUGUUCAAGAUCGACCCGGCCGGAUACUAUGUCGGCUUCCGCGCCACGGCUGCUGGCGCCAAGCAGACCGAGGCGAUCAACUUCCUAGAGAAGCAGUUCAAGAAGUCGUCGAGCACGACGGCGUCUGCUGGCGCAGCGGCGGGUGCGGCGGCGUCGGCGGGCGCCGAGCACAGCGCCGACGUGGCGGCGGCCGAGGCCGAGGCCAUCUCGCGCCGCAUGGGCACGGACGAGGUGAUUGAGCUGGCGGUGACGACGCUCGCGACGGUGCUGGCGCAGGACCUCAAGGCUGGCGAGCUCGAGAUUGGCAUUGUGGGCGGACCGGCUGCGGCGGCAGCGGAGGGCGCAGAGGACGCUUCGAAGGAGACGCUCGAGCAGCGGCGCUUCCGGAAGCUGACGGACGAGGAGAUUGGCGCGGUGCUCGAGCGGCUCGCGGAGCGGGACUGA